AAAAUUUUUCUUUUUAUUGUGUCACAGUUUUUCCAAGACAAGUCAGUAAAUAGGGAUGGUCACCCCCUUUUGUGUUCUUGUGUGUAACUCUGCUGCCUCGUGUCCCAGUUGUCUAGUCUUUCCAUUGAGGACCAGGAGGACACUCAGUUUCCGUUUGCCAUGAGGGACCUGCCUCCCGUCUCUCAGCCUGGUGAACAGCACCAGGCAUCGGGACGCCGGGCACCAGUCUACCACGAGGCAGAGGAAACUGAGACGGCAACCAACGGGAGGCUCCCCAGCCUUCCUGGAACCCCCCCUCUGCCCCGUCCCAUCCCCUUCCACCCGGCUGGAUCUCCAGCAGUCCCUCACAGACCACAUCGAGUGGGAGUGGACGCAGACUUUCAGCCCCUGCUGAUGAAGAGGCAGCUUGUCUCUCAGAGGUCUCUGGACUCUCCACUCAGCCCAGCCUCACGUCCACGCAGUCCAUGGGGACGCUUUGACCCCUACGACUCUCCAGAGGAUCAGGACAAGGAGUAUGUGGGUUUUGCCACAUUGCCCAACCAGGUUCACAGAAAAACAGUGAAGAAAGGUUUCACAUUUACUCUCAUAGUGGCAGGAGAGUCUGGCCUUGGUAAAUCCACACUAAUCAACAGUUUGUUCCUCACCGACCUCUACAAAGACAGGAAGGUUCCUAAUGCAGAGGAACGCAUCAAUCAGACAGUCGACAUCGUCAAACACACCAUUAGCAUUGAGGAGAAGGGAAUCAAACUGAGGCUCAGCAUCAUAGACACACCAGGGUUUGGAGACGCCGUCAACAACACAGAAAGCUGGAAACAAAUAGAAGACUACAUCGACCAGCAGUUUGAACAGUACUUCAGAGACGAGAGUGGGUUGAACAGAAGGAACAUCCAGGACAACAGAGUUCACUGCUGCCUCUACUUCAUCUCUCCAUUUGGCCACGGUCUUCGACCUCUGGAUGUGGAGUGUAUGAAAGCCUUGCAUGAAAAAGUCAACAUAGUUCCCAUAUUGGCCAAAGCUGACAGCUUGACACAAGCAGAGGUCUUCAGAAAGAAGAUGAAGAUCAGAGAGGACAUCAAGCACUUUGGAAUCAACGUGUACCAGUUUCCCGAGUGUGAUUCAGACGAGGAUGAAGACUUUAAGAAACAAGACCAGAUACUCAAGGACAGCAUCCCGUUUGCAGUAAUUGGGAGUAAUGUUCAAGUGGAGAGUAAAGGUCGCAAGUUCAGGGGUCGUAUCUAUCCCUGGGGUGUGGUAGAAGUGGAGAACCCGGCUCACUCCGACUUCCUGCUGCUGAGGAACAUGCUGGUGAGGACGCACAUGCAGGAUCUGAAGGACGUGACGCGGGAGACGCAUUACGAAAACUACAGAGCACAGUGCAUCCAGAACAUGACGCGUAUGGUGGUGCAGGAGAGGAAGCGCAGUUUGCGUGAGAAGCAUCGAGAGGGGAGCGAGGCAGAUAUUCCUCUGCCGCUGGCCAUCGUUGACACUGAGAAGGAAAGACUCAUCUUCGAGAAAGAUGAAGAGCUGAGGAGGAUGCAGGAGGUCCUGGAGAGGAUUCAGGAGCAGAUGCAGCACAGCCAGAGAGGUGGCUACUGAUUCCAUAUGGAUACUGAUUCUCCAGAGAGGAGACAAAUGAGCAGCACCCAGGAACACGGAGGUUUAAUGUUCCUGGUUCCCCUGUUUAUGAAAUCUGAUGUCAAAACAGUCAGAACUUAUGUCAAAAGAAAAUCUGAGGAUACAUGUAAACAUUCCUAUGUGUCAGCGCAGAGAAAGUGUUCUGGAUUAUUGUAGGUUGCGCAGGCUUGCAGAGGAGCCAACACUUCCAAAUCCCAACGAUGUGUCUUGUAGACUGAGAGCCUGUUCUUCAAACAUGGCUUAAACAAUUCAGGCUGAUCCAUCCAUCCAUCAGUUGGCUGUAAUGCUUAUCCUCCAAGGGUUGCGGGGCGGCUGGAGUCAACCAAAACAAUCCAAACUAAUGUGAAAUCAUCUCAUCUGAAGAACAGGAUCCUGAGUGUCAAGCAAGCUGAUUGGCGGAUCCAGCUCCUGUCAAUAGGCCGACGUGUGAACUCAAACUCUGCAGAAAGAUAAAAAGGUGAGAUGAAAAACACAAACUUCUGUGCGUGUUUCGUUAGGAGCAGCCAGGAAAAACAUGGUCCAACCUGAAACAGUCACAGGCUCAGUGUUGUGUUUAAGAGCACUUCACCUUUUUUGUUUUAUUACUCCAGCUCUCCUCUCCUUUUUAUUACUGCAUGCUAGGACAACUCCUUACUUUGAUAAUGAUGUAACACUGCCAUCUAGCGGUCAUUGUAGUGAUGUUGGGUUUUCAAUAAUGUAAACUAUAUUUUUCAGGUUUUAUCACUUGUGAAUCACCGGUUGUUUUUCUCCUCUUUUGUAAGUUUGCUGUUUUGUAAGGACAAGAAAAUAUAAAUAAAAAACUUUCUAACUGCAGUUAAUGUCUGUAUCUUAUGCACCAUUAAACACAGG